CAGUGGACUUUGCUAACCAUGCAGUCAUCGACAGAAGAGGAAGAGCAGAGCAUAAUCCUGAUCAGUGAUGAUGAAGCUGAGGACAUGCUGGGGAGCCCAGUUAUGUUUGUGGACCCUCUGGAGGAGCCUGCUCCGGAGGAGGAGAAAUCCGAGGAAGUUGUGGACGAGGAAUGUGGUCUAGUGAUUACUUUCUGCAAAAAACCUGAUGUGAUGCCUCAUGCAAGAUACGACUGUACAACGCACAAGUUUGAGCAAACGGAAUGUGAUACAUGCUCACCCCUUGAGAAUAAUGCUGAUAUUUGUGACCAGUGCUACUGCUAUAUUUGUGAUAAGCUAGCUUCUCAGUGCGAGAACUGGACAGUCCCUGCCCUCUGCCACUGCAAUGCACACAACAAAAGCAAGUUCUGGAGGGAUCGACAUGACUCUUCCUUCAGUGGCGUCCUUGUAACGUUCAAUUUGCAGCUCACAGAUAUAGAUGCAGACCUUCAGCGUGGUGGAGAUCUUCUACAAAAAUUUAUAGAGGAACUUUGUAAGGAAUAUAAUAAGUAUCUGCUUGGAGAAGAAGUGCUUCCCACACAACAUGAAUGCUUUUGCUUCCCAAAACUCCCCCCUGGGAAAUGCGAUGUCUGCAUAUCACAUAGCAUAGAGACUGUAUACAAGUACUCUGGAAUUUUUACACUGGUAACAAGAUUUUUGAAUCAGGCAGAAAAAGAGAAUCCAAAAGCUACUGCUGUCAUGUUUCUGGGAGCAGCUAAGGAGAUAGCAUUUCAUAAGGACCCUUCUUUAAACUGUCAGAACUUUGAUAGCUCUUCUUCAUUAAAGAUUGCUGUCCAUUGUCUGCUGCAAAGGAUCACAACCCAACUUCAGAGGAUGCUGGUGUUGUGUGACUUCCCCAGAUCCUUGCAUGAAAUGUUUGUUAAGUAUUUUCAGACCAUCUCACUUCCAUGUCACUGCUUUGGCUUCUCAAAUAGCUUGAAUGUUAUGCCAUGGGAUCACGUGUUACUGACCACUGUGUUAAAAGGCCAGAAUGUCACUGGUCAAAGAAAAACGAAAGGAAGAAAAGUGUCCCUGUGGGAAUGUCUUCCUGUUAUAGAGGCUCGAGUGGAGAGAUUGGUAGACCAGAAGAACUAUAAAGAAGUUGUUCACUACCUCAGGGCUGUGAAGUGCAAUGAUAUCAAAGGGUUAAGAUACCUGCAGGAUAAAAUCCCAUUCUAUCUGUGUAAAUCUGGAAACUUCAUGGAUGCUUCAAAUUCCCUGCUGUUUGCUGUCAACAGCCUGGCCUGCUGCACUGCCUGCCGCCUAACAGCUUCUGAGUUCGAGGUCUACCUGAAGAUGUUCAGAACAGGCAGUGUCCCAAAAGGAAAUGAUAUACUGGACCCUGGGGUCUGGACUGCAGCUGGCAAGUGUGAUUUCUUCCUUAAGCAUGUUUAGAAUCUUAAUUAUGGCU